AUGUCUACUUCGACCCCAAACACGCGUGGUCGUCGGUCGCCUUUUACCCCGGCCGGAGAGACCAAAUUGACAGGGCUUCAACGCCUUCCUGGCCAUACACGCUAUCCGCUCACACCUAGCCGGCUUGUCACCGCAGCGACCCCGGGCACCCAGCGAUCAGCCUCUAGAUACACACCUCGUGCCCGAGGUGCGGGGGCACCAUCGACACCACAUGGACUUCGCGCCCGUCAACAACGAGCUGCGAACACCCCUGGUAGGGAUCGCCGACGCAGCGGCCGCGCGCAACGAGAGACGACCUUUGAUAUCCUGAGAAAUCUUGGAAAAGCGCUCGCGCCCGUAUCUCAGCCUAUUCAGUCGUCACCCCAAGAACAACCCGAACCCGAAGAAGAGCCAGUCGAUGAGUUCGAACAACUUGAUAAUGAACCCGUCAUUGAACCACCGCGUUUGUCACUACCUCUUCAAGCCUCGUCCGAAGAGGGCGAUGAGAAUAGCCCUGAGAUGCGUCCACCAAGAAUGUCAUUGGCGCUCGGGGAGGAGGAUAUGGACAUGACCUAUCAAUCGGUCGAAUACCCCCGCCGAGAGACAAGCAUCCGAGACCGUGAGCGUUUGUCGAUGAUGAGUCGAGCCACUGGUAGAAUCAGCGGUGAUUUCGAGGAGACUCGAUUGGAGAGUGACGAUGCCGAGGAUACGGGAGUUAUUGGCCAGGGCGAGGAAGAUACCAUGAUGAGUGGUGGUGAUUUCGAUCAGGGGGGAGAGACGGAGGACCUCGGCCGAUUUCACUUCGACCUCAAUUUCCCAUCUCCUGUUGCAGCUCCAGUUGAUGAUCCCAUCGAAGGGGGUGACGAUAUGGAAGACUUUGCACUUUCUACCGCGGAUAUUCAGCCGGCUCCGGUAGAAUCAGAUGAUGACGCUGGUGGUGAUUUUGGAUUUGGAAUCGAGUUCCCACCGGCGGCAUCUCCCAGCAUGAGCCCUGGACUUGUGGGAGGAGGGCUGCGAGACCAGGAAGCCCCAGUACAGAGCAAGCAAAAGCAGAUCUCACGUCACGGCAUUCCUGUGCCAAACUUGCCUGCGGGUGUAGUCAAAAAGCUAGCCAUGCGCUUCGCUCGUCCCAAAGCCGGCUCCAAAGCAAAGAUCAACAAGGCCACACUGGCCGCUAUCGAACAGGCAUCCUCGUGGUACUUUGAGCAGGCCAGUCAGGAUUUGGCUGCUUAUUCAAAGCACGCCGGACGUAAGACCAUUGACGAGAGCGACGUGACGACAUUGUUGAAGAGACAACGCCGUAUUAACAAGUCAACGACGGUAUUUUCACUCGCCCAGAAACAUCUACCCAAAGAACUCCAGCAGGACAUGAAAAUGGCCAUGCCACCAUGA